AAAUUAGUUGACGAUGGUCGUAUGGGAUUCAGACUCGUAGUUCAGCUAGUCGACGCCAGAGUCAAAAAUAACCAAAGAAGAAGAAAUUGAGUGAAUGCGUACACUUAACACUAACAAUCUGCCGCCUAACCUAUCAUUUGUUGGUAUCAAAAUUAAGAUUUGUUCACAAUAUAUAUGCAGGCUGUGUUAAGUGGUGUUAAAAUCAGAAAAUAGACAUUCCAAACAUAUUUUAGUCAAAAAAAAAGUACAAACACUUGUAAGAGUUAAAUAGUAUGUACAUAUUCAAGAAUAGCUAUAACGAAAUGAUCUGUAAUAUUUGUACUCAUUCUUUGCUGUGUAAAACUUGUGCACAGUUUUUCAAAAAACAUUUUAUAGCUUUUAGAAAAGACUUCUAAAGUUUAAUUAUAAUUGUUGAUCUGAAAAGGUUAUAAGCUUGUUUUGAUUGGAGAAGUUUUUCUAAUAAUUUAUAAAAUGAAAUUGGUUUACAAAAGUGUGGAGAAAGAUGGAGAGGGGAUUGUUGCUUUAGUCCCAGAAGAUACUGAAGAUAUGUGGCAUAUUUUCAACUUGAUCAGCGAAGGAGAUUGUGUUAGCUGCUCUACCAUUAGGAAAGUACAGACUGAAUCGUCUACAGGUAGUUCAAACAGCUUUAGGGUACGAACAACUUUAACAAUAUGUGUAGAAAAUAUAGAUUUUGAUACUCAGGCAUGUGUCUUAAGAGUUAAAGGCAAAAACAUAGAAGAAAAUAAAUAUGUUAAGACUGGAGCAUAUCAUACUUUGGAUAUUGAAUUGAAUCGUAAGUUUACUUUAAAAAAGUCAGUAUGGGACUUGAUUGCACUUGAGCGAGUUGAUAUGGCAUGUGAUCCAGCUCAACAUGCUGAUGUAGCUGCAGUUGUAAUGCAAGAAGGAAUAGCCCACAUAUGUUUAAUUACAUCAAAUAUGACAAUAGUUCGUGCUAAAAUAGAUCAAGUUAUUCCAAGAAAAAGAAAAGGCAAUGUAUCCCAGCAUGAAAAGGGCUUAAAUCGAUUUUAUGAAAGCAUAAUGCAAGGAAUCAUUAGACAUGUAAAUUUUGAUAUUGUAAAAUGUGUCAUUCUUGCUAGCCCAGGUUUUGUAAAAGAUCAAUUCAUGAAUUAUAUGAUUCAACAAGCAAUUAAGACUGAAAACAAGUUAAUCAUUGAAAAUAAAAGCAAAUUUUUACUUGUUCAUGCAAGCUCUGGUUUUAAACAUUCUUUAAGAGAAGUACUGACUGAUUCAGCAGUGAUAUCUCGUAUAUCUGACACAAAAGCAGCUGGAGAAGUAAAGGCAUUAGAGACAUUUUAUACAAUGCUUCAAACAGACCCAUCUAAAGCAUUCUACGGAAAAAAACAUGUUCAAGCAGCAUGUGAAGCCCAAGCUAUAGAAACGCUUCUUAUUUCUGAUAAAUUGUUCAGAUGCCAAGAUAUUGCAUUGAGGAAAGAAUAUGUUAGUCUUGUUGAAGCUGUUAGGGAUAGCGGUGGCGAUGUUAAAAUAUUUUCAUGUAUGCACAUAUCGGGAGAACAAUUAGAUCAACUGACUGGUAUAGCCGCGAUACUCCGUUUCCCUAUGCCUGAGUUAGAAGAAGACAAUGACAGUGAUGACUCAGAUAAAAAUAAUUAAAAAGACUAUGCAAUAUAUUAAUAUACUGUAAUUAUAAAAUGUUUGUGCUGGGCACAAUGAAAAAGAAAUCUUAUUCUUUAUUAUAUCUCAAUUAAAAUAGCGUGAUUUUUGUUUCAUAUGCAGUUGAAAUUGUUAUAAAAAUAAUAUCCUUGUAUAUUUAUAAAAUUUCAAUUUUCAUUGUAUAGUAUUUCUGUACAGUAUGUACAUAAUAUUAUUCGUUACAAUAUAAAUUGUUGCCUACUUUAAAAACUACUUU